GCUGGAGGAAGAAUGAAUUGGAGGGGGCGGAAGUGGUGUGUGGUCCGGAGAACUAACGCUCCCCGGAGAGGGCCCUGAGGAACCGGAAGCGGGGGCGAGGCCGAAGGCCCACUCAAAGGGCGGGGCUUGAGAGGCGCGGGUGGGGGCGUGGCCAUGAAGGAGACUUGAGGAGGCGAGGCUUGAAGAGGUGGAGUGGGAUGAGGCGGGAGGUGGGCUCAAGGGGCGGGGCCAAAUGCCGACAGAGGGUGUGGGGCUUGUUGUGGGCGUGGUCGGAGCGCGGCGCAGGGAGCGGGUGCUGGAGGAGGCGUGGUCCCUUCCUGUUUAAGCGCUGUGGUAGGCCAGCGUCUGUUUCCUUGUUUCAUCAUAAGUUUUUCCUCGAGUAACUGGUAGGGAAGGCAUGAGAGGGAAAGCACAGUGCUUCAGCCUUAUUCUUUUUUUAAAUUAUUUAUUUUUUUUGCAAUUUUAUGUGCAUUGGUGUUUUUGCCAUGGGUGUUGAGUCCCCUGGAACUGGAGUUACAGACAGUUGUGAGCUGCCAUGUGGGUGCUGGGAAUUGAACCCGGGUCCCCUGGAAGAGCAGUCAGUGCUCUUAACCACUGAGCCAUCUCUCCAGCCCCCAGCCUUAUUCUUGUGCACUGGUGAUACACAGCGACAGGUCCGUCCCACCGUCUUCACUCCACGCUGGAGGAGGCACCUGUAGAGAGCUUUGCCUCCCUCUCUCAUAGGCACAUGGCAAGCCUCGCACAUGUGUGCGUGCUCGGUGGACAGUCGCCUGUAUGGACAGGUACUUAUUCAUAAAGCACUUAAGAAAACACUGAAGUUUCAAGGGAGCAUCCCAAGAGACCCAGUGCGCAUGCUCAAACUUUGCAAAGCUGCUAGUGGAUUUUAUGCAUGCCCAAAGCCCCGGUUCCACACCCACCCGUCCUAAUGCACACUCUACGCAGACUUCCUCGAAUUCAUUCGUGCAUGCUCACGAAUCUGACUUACGGAGUGGGAGCCUGGGUGCUUCCAGGUUCAACGUGCUCUGCUUCCAUGUUUCUAUGCUCACUUGCCUCGGAGUAGACCUACUGGGGCUUUUUCAGGGAUUCUGUGCUGCAUACCCAAAAGGUUCCUGAUAGCAGCCUUCAUACCAGGUGCGCAGGGCCGACUCGGGAGUGGGGGCGUGAAGUGGCGUACCCGCAGGUUCUAUGCGCAUGCUCACAUUCUUCCUCAAGCUCCUUGGCAGUUGAGGAGCAGUGUUAGCUACUGACGACCAGGCAAGCAAGAUGCUGUUGUUGAUGCUGGCAGGAGUGGCCUCUGUGGUCAGUGCUCAGCCAGUGUGCAGCCAGCGCAAGGUGAGGACUGGAAAAGUGUUUGCAUCUGAGCCACUAGCUAAAGGGGACCAGCUGUUUCAUGCGUACAACACCACACAUGUACUCAGGAACUUCUGCAAGAGUAACGUUGUCCUGUACCUGGGGAAAAAGGUUUUUUUAUCCAAGGACAACUUUGAGAGCAGCCUGCCACCACUCAUCAUUCCCAAGUCAAUGGAGGUGGGAGUAGCAUCAGUCACGAGCGCUUUCUUUGCUUCUGGUACUAUACUGUUGUUGGUGGUGAAUAAGAACGUCUACUCUUACAAUUACCUUACGGACAAAUGGAGCAAAGCUAUAGGUGUGUCAAGUCCUGUCUCACAUGUUAGUGGUGACACUUGUUGUUUUAAUAACCAGUUUUGCGUGGAGUUAUCGAAUAGUCUUUUCGCCUAUUUUCGUGGUGGUCAGCUGCCUUGGACCAACAUAUACUUCUCUGACAAUGGAGGAUUCUCGUUCCAGUACCUGGUCAGUGAGAAGCUGGGCAGAUUUAACGGGACAUUAGGAGGCAUAUUCUACUUUCAUUCCAUGUCUCAGGUGGGGAUCCUUGAGGUGAAACAAGACUUGGGUAUGUUUCAUUACUUGGAGCACCCCCUGAACAACAGUGCAGGGAUACCCUUUCAGUACAAGGAAUAUCUUGACGUCAUCAUCAAGACAGGCCACAGAGGAUUUCUGGUCCUCUGGGGUCAGCUAAGCCUGUUGGUGUCCCCCAACGCAGGCCAGAUCAUGGACACCGUGCAGCUGUGGAAAGGGCAGAGGCGUCUCACCUCGGAUAUCUCCUCCACUGGCAUCUCCAUCCACAGCGUUGCUUCAAAUACUUAUGAGCUGGCUCUGCUGACGAAGGAUAACCAACUGUAUUACGGGAGUCAGGGUUACCUGGGAACCUCCGUAAUCCAGCUGUCGAAGAUGUCUCUACAGAUUGAAGAUACAAGCAUCUCCUUUACGGACACUGGCAUGCUGGAGAUCCUCAUAAUGGUGGCAGACCCUCAGUUCCCGUUGUUUGACUUUAAGAAGUGCAUUGUGAACGUGCAGGCUGUUCUCAUGAACCCCAAAUUUGAGAUGGAACAGUGCAAUGUGGAGCUUCUGGAAAGCAACAUGGUAAAUCAGAUGUUCACCAUAGACAUGAACAGCAAGCUGGACCUGUCUGCACUUAUGAUACCUCGGCCCGGCAAGACCCCCAUCCCACUGGUGAUGGUCAGCAACCCCCACUCCCUGGGGUUUGAGGCACACAUCACUGAGUUUGGUAACACGUUCGACGGCAACUAUAAGUACAAACUGGAAAUUGAACUCCAGCAACAGCAUCACUGGGGCAUCGCGGACACCAAUUUCACCGCCAGCAUCAAGCGCAAUGCCAUCUCUUCUGUAACUGUGGACAUAGCUGACAAGACAAUUGCAUGCGUGGAUCUGAAGCCCCUGUCCACGCUCAUCUCAGUGGGCUGUGACCAGACCAAGAAGAUUCUUGUGCAGAACAAAAUCUCCGCCUGUUCCAUGGGAAUCCUCAACCCCGUGGAGCUGCAGGGAAACUACACUUACAUCAUUGAGAAGGAAGCAUAUGAUCCAAUAAACCACAAUGCCCGUGCCCAGAAUGACCUGCUGGUAUAUUAUCAGUACAAGGAGCUGGGCUGCCCUCGUCUGGUCUACUACGACAAGCCGUGGAAGCCUGUGGUGGAAGUGUGGAAGAACGGGAUUCUAGAAGAGAUCAUGAAUGCCGAGUAUGUGAUCACAGAGAUCAAUGGGAUAGUCACCUAUUCGUACUCCCUGACGGCCGCCACUGCAAACUGCCGGUCACAGCCUCAGAACUGGAGUACCUUUCAGACAGAGGUGGCCAGCAUAGACCAAGCAUCCAUCUGGAACAGAGAGAACUAUGUCAGCUGCCACGAGGACAACAAGAACAACCCCCUGCUAUGGCCAGAGGUUGAGUAUCAGAUCUUAGGUGGCCGGACAGACAAUAGGGUUAUUUUUGGCCAAAGAAAUGGAAUCUAUACCUUCCUUCUGUCUGUGGUGGAUCCAUACUACAGCUACUGCAGUCUGGACACCAUGUUCAGCGUGUACGUGUAUGGGGCCUUACCCAUGGCGAUGUUCCCACCCGUGCUCACCAUCAUGCUGCUUGUCAUGACAACGCUGCUGAGCAUAUGGCUGGUCUAUGUCAUUCCCAAGGAACUGAACACGGAGAGGGGCCAGCGCUUCAAGAACUUCUGUUCCGUGAUGUUCCAGAGCUGCCUGGGGAUCUGCAACUCCCCUGAGCUGCAGGGUUUCCGGCCACGGUGGCUGCGCCCCAGGAGGGUGAGGGACGAGUCAGAGAAUACCCCAAGUAUGUAG